CAUAGUCAAAAUAGUGAACGUAAAGUGUACGUACUUUUUUCACAUAUAAAAGCGACAUUUCAGAUUUGUAAAAUCAGUUCCAAUCUAUUCCAGCAACAACCAAACAUGUACACCAAAAUUGUCAUUUACGCCCUCUUGGCUUUGUACACCCAAGCCACCCCUAUUGGUGAGGCCACUUCCUACGCCACUGUAACCCAACACCAACAACACCACCAAAUCCAGGCUCUGGUCAAAGCUACCCUUCCUGUGGCCGUGCACACCCUUCAUGCCGCUCCUGUCCUGGUACAACAGGCCCAUCACACCGUGGACUACCAUACCCAUCCAAAAUACGCCUUCAAAUACGGAGUUGAGGACCACCACACUGGCGAUAUCAAGUCGCAGGAAGAAACCAGAGAUGGAGAUGUGGUCAAGGGUGAAUACUCCGUCCAUGAAUCCGAUGGUACCAUCUUGAAGGUCCAAUACACCGCGGAUAAGCACAAUGGGUUCAAUGCUGUGGUACACAGGGAGGGACACGCCGCCCAUCCCCAACAUGUCACCCUCCACCAUUAAUUCUGACUUAUUUGUUGUUUUUACGAUGAAAUAAAUUUAUUUUUGAUAUAA